AUGCCUAGCAUAGCGACGACCAUAUGCAUGAAGGAUGUUAACGUCACUGGACGACGACCUGGCGGAUCAGAACUCAUCGCGUUGGACAUUGACGAGCCUGGUGUUGACGGGUUCUACAAUCUUCGUGGCAUCAAACCCAUCGGACACUAUAGAGGAGCGACUGGAAACUCUGAUCUUGAUCUUCUAGGCUUCGAUGCCCAUGUUUUAGAUGACAACACGAUUCGGUUCUAUAUGGUCAAUCAACGUCCACCAGUCGGAGCGUUCAACAACAUCAUCGAUGCUUCAAAGAGCGGCGCAAAUUCCACGAUUGAGAUCUUCGAAAUGAGAACUGGCCAAGAGCAGAUGCGACAUGUUCGCACCAUCUUCUCAAAUGAGAUUUGGACGCCAAACCGUGUUUCGGCGCUUGCAGAUGGCUCUGGUGGGUUUCUUGUGACAAACGAUCAUUCUGUCAAGCGAAGGAAGCUUGACUAUGUUAUCGGUGGCGGUAACGUUGCCUACUGCGACGGAGCCGGUAACUGCCACGCAGCCUAUGACGGCAGCGAGGAUGACGAUACUCUUCCGUCAACCCCAGGCGAUGAGCCGAUGUACAAGGUUUAUCUCAAGAAGGCGCUCGGCUACCUUCCGAAGUCGAAGCUUAAGUUCCCCAACGGACUUGCCCGCGGCCGAGACGGUUUCUUCUACGUUCCUAGUGCCAUAGACGGCCAAAUUCGCGUCCUGGCGUUGCAACCCGACAAGACUCUUCGCCUAGUGGACACCAUCCAUGUCGGCAUGCCGCUUGAUAAUAUCUCACCCGACGCCAACGGCGACAUUUACGCCGCCGGUUUCCCCAAUCUUAUCCAAUCCGGUAAAGGCUUCGAUGAUCCUUACAACCAAUCUUCACCCGUGACCAUCUGGCGCAUCAGAAAGACGGUUGACGUGGGAAAGUCAGGAGUAAGAAGUGUAGACUACAGAGUCGAAAAGGUUCUUGAGGAUAGGGAUAGCAAGGUUCUGAGUGGUAGUACGACGGUCAGACAUGAUGUCAAGACUGGUCGGUUAUUCAUUAGCGCUGCGGUACACCCUUUCCUUGUCGUUUGCGAACCGACGAAAUAA